AUGUAUGUGGAGUCAAUGGAGGGAGGUGCGUCAGACCUGGUGGCAGAGAUGGAAAGGGUCUCGGUGUCAGACAGGGACCUGUCAGGCAGCCCGCAGAUUGCGUCCACCUCAGCCUCAGAGUCGAAACAAGAUGAGAUCAGAACCAUUUUUGUCCUUGGUUUCCCGCGGGAUAUGAAGGAACGUGAGCUGCAUAACCUUCUCCGCUGGUGGCCAGGGUAUGUAGCCUGUCAAUUGACGCAGGGUUCAGGAGAUCAGCAAGCAAUGGGCUUUGCGCUGUUUGAGACAGCAGCAAUGGCAACGGCUGCUAAGGAUGCUCUGCAGAACUUGGUCUUUGAUGGGGAGACCAACUCUGUCCUGCGGGCCGAGAUGGCAAAGAAGAACCUGUACGUGCGCAAAGGUCGAGAAGGGGGUAACGAUGUCCAGUCAGAUUUACGUCGCAUAAGGGGUGGGGGAGAGGCACGAAGGUCAGGUGGCGAGCCUAGAAAACCAAGCACGAGCGGUCAGGACCAAGCUGGCGGACAGGGGGGUGUGGGGCCGUACAAUUGGCCAAAUAAUCAGGGGGGUGGGACUCUCAGGCCACGGACCCAGCCAAGCUGUGCUACUCCUAUGCAACCCUCAAGCGUUUAA